AAUGAGCACAACACCUGGAACUCCUCAUGGAGUCACUCAUAGUCUUAUGGAACAAGGAUGGUACUGGGCUGAUGCUGAUAGAUCUGCAGUUUCGAAAGCACUUUCUGAUCAACCUGAUGGAUCAUUUAUUGUGAGAAAUGCUAGUACACCUGGAGAUUAUACACUUUCUGUGAAAUUUGCCGCCCAAGUGAAACUUCUCCGAAUCGUUGUUAAAGAUGGAAAAUGCGGAUUCAAUACAGAUUCAUUAACUCACGAUUCUGUUGUCAGAUUAAUUGAAUUUCAUCGAAAUAUUUCUCUCAAUAUUUUCAAUGAUGCACUUGAUGUUCGUCUUUUAUAUCCAGUUUCUGUUCGUCGUAACUCUCAAAAUGGAAAACCAUUUUUCAAGAAGGGGCAACUUCAGCAGCGUAUGAUUCUCAGUGCAAAAAAUGAUCAUGAUUGGAGAGAACGCUUGGAAAUGGAAAAUUUGAGAGCAGUACAUUUGGCAUUUGAGAGAGGAGCCAAGCUAUAUGAUUCAGCUCAUCAAGAAAUGGAACGAGCUGAAAGUCUCUAUCAUGCUUUGAAUCAAUCAGUUCGGGACAAUGAGAUUAAACUUGGAAAACUGAAUAAUUUGUUAGAAGCUGAAACAGACGUCGUUACACAAAUACAGGGAUCGCAGACAACAAGUGAAAUGCUCAAAGGAGCAUUUGCAAAUAAUAAGACAUUUGUGGAAGAAAGUAUUCGACGAAUAAACACUGAACUGACGUCAUCAAAGGAUAAGAAAAAGACGCUCUCCGGAAUUUUGGAUGAAAUCGCGAUGAAAAGAUCCAAUUCAAAAACACGACUCUGCAAGCUUAUGGAACUUCGUAGUGCAGUCUAUGAUAAAAUGGAACCAGCACUUUGUUCGAGAAUGGCUGCAAUGCUUGAUGCUGGAGCGGAAAUGAUAAACAGUGAGCCAACGAAAGUCACUCAACUUCUUGUCGAUAUGGAAUUGAAGUGGACACCGGCACAAUAUUUGAUGUGUGGAACUUCUAAGGAAAAUGCUGCGAAUGCUCUGAUUCAUGCUCGCUAUCGGAUCGCUCAACUUGACAAGGCUGUUGGAUUGAAAAGAGAGCCACAAGAUGGUAUUUUCUUGAUUCGAGGAUCCUCUUCUCAUGGUGAUAAGCUCGUAUUGAGUGUACUUCACGGAGAACGUGUCUCACAUUGUCUAAUCGAACAAAACGAAGAAGGAUGGGGAUUCGAGCACAGCAAUGUCUACCUGACAACUAUAAGUGACUUCGUUCGCUAUUACUCUCACUUCAGUCUUGAAACCCACGCGGAUGCUAUCAAAACUCCACUUCGUACGCCCGCAUUUGACGCUGUCACAAGUGAUACUUCAAAACCUCUUCGUAACGGACCCGGACAAGUUUUUACGGCUUUGCCAAUAUCCAGGAAAUAUAUGGAGAAGGCUCUUCUCACUGAUGAUCCCACUAAGCCACCUGAAUCACCGGAACCAAGACCGGAUUCAUGGGAUUCUCCAUCUCCGGAUACUCCUUCAUCAUCUGAUUCCCGAUUGGUUCAUCCAACUACUCUUCCUAAAUCCAUCCCGGAAUAGUUAUAUAUUUAAAUCAAUUACUUACAUAUACUCGGUUCAAUUACAUCCACUUGUCCCCCAUCCGAUCUGAUAGUAAACCCACAGUUCUCUGAUCACUUUCUUCUAAGUUACUUACGUUUUAUUUGUGUCUUAAAUGUAUUUAUUAUCAGUAUUUAUAUGAAUUGUCAAAUUGUACAUUUAUUGAUAUAAAUUCAAAUCCGUCGGCGGUUCAUCCGCGUAUUAAAUCGCACAACAUU